AUGUUUAUAUCGAGCAUUCGUGCCCCAAAAUUCAAUCCAUCGGAUGCUACAUAUCCUACCUCAAAUGAAGCUGCUGAUGAAAAUGCAAAAGCAUCAAAUAAAACUCUCUUGGUAGGAAUUCGGUCAAGACCACUUUAUGAUGUUCCUUUCAUGUUUGAAGCCCGGGAAUUUCUAAGGAAAAGCUUAAUUGGGAGAAAGGUCGAGAUAACGGUUGAUUACGUUCAGCCUAAGAUGAUAGGCUCUACCUUCGAUGAUCGCAUCUGUGUUAGUGUACGAAUUGGUCCGACCAAUAUAGCUGAAGCUCUUGUCACCAAGGGCCUAGCUUCUGUGAUCCGCUCUCGAGCGGGUAGGGCUCAAGAAACAGGAUCUAUUGGUACAGAAGCUCCACGUGCUGGUACAAUCGAAACGCUAUUAGCUGCUGAAGCCCAGGCACAAAAGAAACACAUUGGAAUGUACACAGCCGAAGUAGCAACCCCUAUGCGUGUGAUCGACCUCUCGAGUAACCUAGCAAAGUCAAAACAAUUUUUACCUAGUUUGAAGCGCCGUGGACGUCUUUUGGCCGUUGUAGAAUUCAUUAUUUCUGCAUCUAGAUUUAGAUUAUAUAUUCCUAAAGAAAAUCUGCUAAUCACCCUGCUUCUAAAUGGAAUUGAAUGUCCCCGAGCUUCUCGGGGCAGUGAAGCAGGUGAUGUGUUUGGUGACGAGGCACUCGAGUUUGUUCGCGAUCUCUGUAUGCAACGAGAUGUUGAGAUCGAAAUAGAAAGCGUUGACCGAAUUGGUAACUUUAUUGGUUGGCUCUUCAUCUUGUCGCAGAAUAAUGAAGAAGAUAUGUGCAAAGUCUCCGUAGCUGGGAAAAGCAAGGCUAAGACAAACAAAAAGCCAGCAUCUUCCUCUCUUCCUUGUGGGCUGACUAAUACCAAUCUCAGUGUUGCUCUUGUUUCCAAAGGCCUAUCUACCGUUCAUCACGCCCCAUUUGUCGAACGUUCUGUAUAUUACACAGAACUCUGCAGGGCCGAAGAAGGUGCACGAAAAGCGAAGGUUGGCCAGUGGUCACUAGAAGACUUCACUAAGUCAUGGGAGGAUAGCAACAAUGGUGCAUCUAACAAUGGGCAUCAUGAGAUGGAAGAGCAAACAAUUCAGAACGACGAACUUGAAGGUUCGAUUUCCAAUGGCAUAAAAAUAGAACCCAAGUCUGGAAUUUCUAAAUACUCUAAUCGUGGGCGAACU